CCGGGAACCAGCGAACGCGCCAUUUUUCUUUGAAAACUCAUAUGAAGUGCAAACAAAUUACGAAUACAAGUACUAGAACUAUGCAAUAAAACGAAACGAAACAGGUACAGACACUCAUGAUGGCAUUGUCAUACACUGUGGAAGAUGUGGUGGACGAGCUAGCAGUCAUCUUUCCACACCACUCUCGCCCAAGAAUCACAGAUAUUGUGCAUGAGGCAGAGGAUAUUUGGGUGGACAAUGAGCCGCAGUCUCGUUAUGAGCUGAUUAGCUACAGCUCGGAACAAUUGGCGAUUUUACCUGCAGAUUCUCAUAGGGAUGCAACGUCAGUAUGGAAGGAAGUUGAAUCAGAUUUGAUGACAAUCUUCCCUGACCAUCCAAAAAAUGUGAUCCAAGCUUCCAUGGAUCUUGCAGGGUUCCACGAUAUGGACAAGACAUCAUUUCUCGAGCGUUGCAUCAACAGUUUGCUGUCAAUAGUGGAGAAAGGAAGUAAUUCAACUGGGGAUCAAUCUAAGAAUACUUCCUCUGAUACUGCAGGCUCCGUCACAAAACCAGCACCUGAUGAUUUGUCAGCAGAUGUGACUGUUGUUGGUACGGAAGAUGCAAAGGAUGUUUUCAUCACACGGACCGAAAAAUUGUCUUCAAUAUUGGUUGAUGAUAAAAAGCAGAAAUGUAAAACAUCAACAGAACGUGAAAAGAAGGUGAAGAUGAUAAGAGAAAAGAGAGAUCCAGUGGCCUCUCCAUCUUCAGCUGAUUCUAUACCUUCUUCACAAGGAGAAGAUUCCGGAAGUCAGAAAUCCUCACCAUGGUGGCGCAAUUGGACAGAAAGAUCGGAUGAUGACUCACCGAUUAAAGAUCCUCUUGGUGUGUGGCGUUUAGCUGAGGAUACAGAGAAGGCAGAAACUUCAUCCAGGAACCCAAACAAGGGCCGAUUGAAAUCGGAAUUAACAGAUCCAGUGCAUACCAUAGGCUUGGCUGAUUCAAAAGUUUCUCCAUUAAAACGGACUUGGUCCGACCUUGGGCCUUCUGAUAGAGAUACAAACAAGAUCAACCCUGAGCUGUAUAGUGCAAAGAAGUUCUCAAAAUCAGAAUCGACGAAUCAGUCAGCCUCUCAGGGGGACACCAGACCUGCAAAAAAAAAUAAGAAUGAAGAUGCAGUGCUAUCCUUGACCAACCUUGGAGAUUGGACAGAGAAGAACAAGAGUACUUCCUGGAGUUCGGAUGAUGAUUUAGAUGAUCCUGUAGUGGAAAAAGCAGCCUCCAACGAGCUUCAAAACUAUCUCAGAAAAGUGAAAGAUAAAAAAGAGAAACUAGAUAUUCUACCAGGGAGUCAGAAGAGAACCUCAUUGAAGUCUGAAUCAACAGACCCAGUUGUUUCUCUUGUUGAAGCUGAUGUCAAACCACUCAAGGAUGAUUCUGAUAGUCAACAUUCAGUGCAAUCCCUGUCCAUUCUCACAGACGAGUCAGAAAAUAGCAUAGACUCUUCUGGAUUAAAAACUGGUGGUGUAGUUGGAUCUGAUCCCAGUAAGCCAUCGUCUACCCUAAAGCUGAAAGUUAAGUCCGAGUCAGAAGACAGUAGGGACUCUAUGCAAGCUGUAGAACAGGCUAAUUCUGAUAAUAGCUCUGAACCAUUCAGUCUUGGUUCCAGACCACCUAGCAGAAGCAGUUCAGAAAAUAGUCAGGACUCUCUCCCUUCCCCGCCCCCUAUUAUAAAGCAUGUUUUUGAUAAGCUGAAGUCUGAUGAUAGUGCUAUUGAUAGUGCUAUGAAAAAUGAUAAUGCUAGAAAAGAUGUUAGUGCUACAAAGCAUGAAAGUGCUAUGGAAGAGGACAGAAAUACUAAAAAAACAUAUGAUAUUGAGGCUAAGAAAUCGCUGAAAAUUUCUCCGAUCUUAUAUAAUUGCAAUAGCUCUCCAGCUUCUGUGAAAAGACCACCGAUUUUGUCAAUGAAUAAAACUGGAAAAACAAUUUCAAGCUCAAGUAAUGAAAAAACAAGUAGUGCCAGGUAUCGUUCUCAAGAAUUUAGUGAUAGUGAUUCUGAACAAAAUUCCAAUCCUCCAAAAGAUGAAGAUGAUUAUGUGGCAUUGCCUGUGUUUAAAAUCAAGAAACGAGAAAGAUCUUAUGAAAUUCUAAGUCCUGCAAAACUGCAGAUGCCAAAACCAGGUUCAAGUCAACCAGAAUCAUAUAGAAAUUUAUCAGAAAGUGACAAAAAAGACACAAGCAAUUUUUACAGUACACACGAUGGGGCAGAACAAUAUCCUGGUGCUACAGUAUUAAAGAUACCCCAGAAAUCUUAUUCCUUUGAUGGAUUUGACAAAAAUAAUAGCAACAAGUCUGUUGAUCAAUUGUGGCAACCAGACAAGGCAGUGAAAUCCCCCAUAAAACCAGCAAGGUUUAUAAAGCCUUCAGCUAGCCAGCCAACAUUGACAAUAGAGUCCACUCAUAAGAUAACAUACAGUGAUGGUCCAGAUAAAACUUCUCUGCACGCCCCCAGGAUCACGCUCAGUCUUUCCCCCAAGUUCUUGGUCGAUGAUUCCAAGGCAAUGGAUUAUGAACCAGGUGUGCAUGACAACACUAAACAGAAUUCCUUGGCUGCAGCGGCAAGGCAGGAUAAGACUGUAAAGACGACACCCCGACAGUAUGAAAAGUGCGCUGGUUGUGGAGGCUACUAUGAGUUCACUCUGCUACCAGCCCACCAUAUGCAAUGUAGAAGUCUAAAAUCUAACAUGCCAGGAAAUGGUUCAAAAGCUGAUAAACAUUUGAGAUUGAAUAUGCCAGCAAGUAUGUCGGAACCUACAAUGCGAGGUGAUAAGACUGAAUCAAAAUCUUACAUUAAGCCAGCUAGGUUUGAGGACCAGUCUAAAACAUCUAAGUCUUCAAAAGGGCAUAUUAAAUCAAGCAAAACACUUGACAAUUCGGCCAAAAAGGUUGACUCCUAUAAUGCUUUACUCAAGCAAAAAAUUGAAGCUGCAGAAAAACUUGCAUAUGAUUCAAUCAAACGGGAAUUUGAUGCUGCAUACAAAAGAAGUCUUCAGGCAGACAGCUCUGAUGAUCAGAAUACACCUGAUGAUAAUAACGUUUCGCUUGUUAAGAAAGAAACUCAGCCGCAGGAACCACUACUAGAUGAUGCACCUCCAGAACCAGAUUACGACCUUACCCCUCCCCCUGUUAAACAACUUUAUAAGGAUACACCACCACUUGAAGAGGGUGCACAUCAACCGUUGCUAGUUGAACAGAUACCACUUCCUCAACCUAAACAAAAUGAAAUUGAACAAGAAUUACCCCAUCAUGCACCACACAGUGCACCACAUCAGCUGGGAGCACAACCGCAGCAGGAGGGUGCACCUAAACAGGAAGGUGCACCUAAACAGGAGGGUGCACGUACUCAACCACUUCAGCAGGGUGCACCACAACACGAGGGUGCACUUCUUCAACUGCCACAGCAGGCCGCACCACAUCAAGAGGAUGCACCUAAUCAACCACCACAGCAGGUAGUACCACAACAAGAGGGUGCACCUCUUCAACCACCUCAGUAUGCCGCACCACAACAGGAGGAUGCACCUAAUCAACCAACUCAGCAGGGCCCACCUAGGGAACCACUACAAACACAAGUGAUACAACCUCCGCCAACAGAGGCUGAAGCUUUUGUGGCUAAGUUGAAUGCCAUUAAAAAUGAAGUGCUUCUCCUGAUGCCUGAUGUGGAGGACAUAUACCUAGAAAGAUUUGUAACGAAUUACCUGGAUCAACCAGAUGCUGCCAAUGCCAUAUGUGACUACCUCUUUGAACAUCCAGAUUACCCACGCAAGAAGAAAGGUGUACCGGUAGCUGGGACAAGUAAGGAAAUUGUUGUUGAUAUGAACAAGAACUAUUAUAUGCCUGAGAAGCUUAUGGACGUGUUCCCUGACCUGAAUGAUGAGAUGAAGUACUGUAGGCAGGCCUUUCAAGUCCUUACCUUGGAAUUUGGCUGGUUCCAGGCCAACUUUAUGAAAAAGAUAUUUGAACAAAUGUAUGAAAGAUACGCCCCGACACAUCGCUAUCUGACAGCAGUUUGGACAAAGAUAUUGGCCAAUGUUAAAGCUGGAAAUGAUGAUGUUAUUACCUCACCUAAUACACUGAAGCGCAAGUUAAGGUCACUUAAUUUGGAAGUAGAAAUUGAGCAUUGCAUCCACAACCCUUGGGAGUCCAGCAGCAGUGGUGAGAAGGCAAAGAUGCACAAGGUCAGCGUCCAGCUGCUGAAAAACAGGCGAACAAAGGGCACCAUUAAUACUGCUAACCUCAUGCACCUCAUUGUUCAAGAAAUGGAGUUUGUACAACAAAAAUCUCAAGAAACAGCCAAGGAUGAGGACCUUGCUGUUGCCAUGGCGAUGAAUGAAGAAGAAUAUGCUGUGGAAGGGCAGAGUAUUGAGUGUGGCUGCUGCUAUGGGGAAUUCCCCUUUGAGCUGAUGGUGCAGUGUUACGACGGCCACUUGUUCUGUCGGACCUGCCUGGAGCAGUACGCUCGAGAGUCAGUCUUUGGCCAAGGAAAGGCUGAUUUGAAGUGCAUGACAGACAUGUGUGAUUCAGCAUUUCCAAAGAGUCAGCUGGAGAGGGCACUUCCUUCAGACAUAUUGACCAAGUAUGAGGAUCGUGUGGCCGAGGAGAACCUCAACAUGGCUGACCUCGGCGAUCUCGUCAAAUGCCCUAAGUGUGAUUUCCGUGCUUUUAUGGACCCUGGUGACAAGGUGUUCAGAUGUAUGCAUGACAAGUGUAUGAAGGAAUCGUGUCGUUACUGUGGCAUUGAAUGGGAUGAGCAUUUUGGCAAGAAAUGUUCGGAGGUGGAGCAGAAAGAUGAAACUCAAUUGAGACUUGAAUACGAGGAGAAGAUGACGAAGGCGAAGGUGCGCACGUGUCACCGGUGUAAGGCACAGUUCAUGAAAGAGACCGGCUGUAAUAAAAUGACAUGUCGCUGUGGGGCCACCAUGUGCUACAUCUGCAGAACACCUGAUAUCAACUAUAAGCACUUCUGUGGUCACCCAAGAGACCCGGGCCAGGACUGCACCAAGUGUAAAGCAUGCAGUCUGUGGACUAACCCAGAGGAGGAUGAUGACAGAGCUGUGAAUGAGAUCCAGAAAACUGCCAUUGAGGAGAGGAAGAAGAAAGGCUUCAGCGAUGAAAAGACAAUUGGUGUUCCGGAAACACAGCCUCCACCCAAAAAGAAAGCCAGAAUUUGAUCUUGGGCGAUGUGAAAGUGUGAUAUAGGACUGCCACAACUGUGUUCACUCAUUCUAAGACUUUUGGCUGUGAUGACAUUUUUCAUGCUUUAUCUAGACCAUAACAAAUAUAUACAUUUGACUGUGCCACUUUCUAAAUAUGCCAUUCACCACACAUUUCACACCUUUUGGUUUUGAUGCAAUGUUCAGAAAAUUGAUUUUAUGAUAUAAAUAAAAUGAAAUAAAUUACAACUCUAGCUUGCAGAGCUAUUUUCUGAGAAAAGGCUAAUCAAAUAACAUACCAAUAAUACAACACAGAAUCUUGCGAAAAAUAAUUAUAAUUAAUGCAUUCAUAUAAGAUUACAGUUAAAUAGUAUUAGCAAAAUUGUUAAGACAUAAAAUAAUAUCAUAUUAAAUGGAUAUAAAUACAUCAAUUCUAAAUAGAUAGAACAUUAUAAACAUAUGAUUUUUUUUAUAUUAUCACUGUUGACGAGAUGAUACUCCAAAAAUACAAAUAGUAUUCCUUAUGUAGUCCAUUGUCAAAUGUUUACAUACGAGUGUGCCACUUUCUAAAAAUGGUUGUUUGUCAUCUUGUAAAUGGCUACAAUGUUGUAGUGGUUUGACAUAAGCUUUGGUACAAUCUUGAACAUGGAUAGGAGAUUUGUAUUGUCUCCUUUGUAUCACCUUCAUUCACAUGUGCAACUGUUAAACGCAUGUUUGACUUUUUCACCAGUCUGUAAUUCAAUAUGUAUUUUGCUGAGUAAAUAUUAUCGGUUUGUGUAUACAAGGGUUGUGUUUAUUUGUAUUAAUGUGGAAAUUCAGGUGUGUGCUUAGAGAUGGAAAUGAAGAUGCACGGCCUCAUUAUCUCUGAUGGUUUUUUAGCUCACCUGUCACGUAGUGACAAGGUGAGCUUUUGUGAUCACUCUUCGUCCGUCGUCCGUCCGUCCGUCCGUCUGUUCACAAUUGCUUGUGAACACAAUAGAGGUCACAAUUUUGACCUAAUCUUUAUGAAACUUGGUCAGACUGAUCAUCUCUAUAAAAUCUAGGUCAAGUUCGAUAUUGGGUCAUCUGGGGUCAAAAACUAGGUCACUAGGUCAAUUAGUAGAAAAACCUUGUGAACACAAUAGAGGUCACAAUUUUAGCCUAAUCUCAAUGCAACUUGGUCAGAAUGGUCAUCUCUAUAAAAUCUAGGUCAAGUUCGAUAUUGGGUCAUCCGCGGUCAAUAAUUAGGUCACUAGGUCAAUUAGUAGAAAAACCUUGUGAACACAAUAGA